CUUCUUUUUAUUUUAUUUUAUUUAUUUUUUUUUUGUUAUCGUGUAUAUUCUUUCCUUCUAUUACUGCUCAUUGCUAGCACAUUUUACCCUUUUCUCCUCCUCUCUUAUUCCCUCUCCGUUUCUUACCGUUUCUGCCUUCUUUUGCCUCGAAUCUGAUCCUCGCCUAUUCCGGUUUCCCCUCUCCCCUCCCCCUCCACACAUAUUCUCUCGCUCUCUCUUCUCUCUCUCUUCCUCCCACCACAUCAUCAUCAUCACCACCACCGCCACCAUUUCUCACUCCUCUGCAUUUGACCACGGACCGGUUUGUCCGAGAGAUGAGUGUCUCAUUUGGCUCCUGUGCUACUGGACUCGCCCAGGAGAACUGAUUAUUGACCGGCGGUGGAGGAAUUGUGAUGAUGGGGGAAGUUCGCAGCAUGAGGACGCCUCCGCUUCCAUCGCCGGCCGAGGCUCCUUCGCCUGUCGCCGCGUCCCAGUCCCAUCCUCACCCUCCUCAUGAACCUCGUGGUCCUUCUGCCUCUGUCUCUACUACCUCUUCUUUUCUCCCAAAAGACAACGAUGAUGGCGAAAGUGCGAUGCUGGACGAUACUCUGCGGAUAGCUAACACUCAUGCUGCAUCUUUGCAGCAUCAACAGACUCCGGACGUGUCCUGUAUAUCGUCGAAUAAUAUUCCUUCCGAGUACAAGAGCUCCGACUCGGGAAAAGGGUCUCAAGAGGACCACGGUCGAAGCCUGCAGACCCUGAGAGAGUUACGGAGACAGAUGGAAGAAUUGCUCGCCUACCAGCAGAUGCAACAACAAUCCCAGGAUCAGGACGCCACUGCUGCCGCUGCCGCUCCUCCCAGUCGAGAAGCUUUUGCUUUUCCUGCUCCUCCCCCUGCCCCUCCUUCUGCCCCGCGAGACGAUCCGCUGCCUUGUUCCUCAACUCCCCACGAAUCUUCCAAGAAACGGCGCAUCUCCAAUGACGAAUCUCCGCAAUUCCCUGCUUCCUCGUCCUCCGGUGCCAUGCCUACUGCAGCCGCAUACUCCGACUCCACCAGUUCUGCUGGCACCAUCCGCCCCCCAGAUUCCAGUAAUAAUCCCAUGCUCGCCGGGCAGACCCCGUCCUAUCCGUUCCCCAAGAUGUACCCCUCGCCAUCUCCCGCCGCCGCCAGAUCGGCGCAGGAGUCAUCACCAAUGCUCAACCACAGUCAUUUCAAAUUGACACUCCCCGCAGAGAAGUUGAAAUUCAGCAAGGGUCCCUCCUCGCAGCCGUCGGAUGAGCGGCCGGCCCCGGUGAUGAAGACGCCAACACCUCACAGCGUAUUCCUGCCGCCACAACAUAAACCCGUCAUGGAAGAUCCGAUAUACCCCAGUCCAAACCUGUACGAUAUCACCCUUCAACUCAGUGCGGACCCGGGCCUCGAUGCUUGGUGGUCCAACGUUGUCAACAUCCUACAGACAUAUUAUGGUGCGGAACGGGCUUCUUUGGCGGUCCCCGGGGACGCGACGGACUUGGAGAACGUGCCAUGGGGACAAAAAGCGGUGUUUGAUCAAAAUCUCAGCGAAGAUCCAGAUAGCAUCCACCAUCUCUACGGCGAGACGACUCGGGCGGGGCCCAGCGGAGCGGACUCUCAAAACACAGAGACAGUGGCGAACAACAGCAGCAACAACAAUGUUAAUACCACCAAUAACACCACGGAUGGCCAUUCGCGGUUGGGAUCGGUAUCGGCCGCCAAACGGCCAUCACUUCUGUCGCGGCAUUCAUUUGCUGGCUUCGGAAAGGACCGCAAGCAUGCCGCUGAUCAAGAUCCGUCGCAACUACUACAUAAGAUAAAAGUUGAGAAUGCGCAGUCAGCUGCCGCUACCAAUACUAUGGACGUGGAUUCUGGGCUCUCGCAGAGUACUCCGACAGAUAAUCGCGACAAGGCGAACGUGAUGACGCCGCAGACGCAUUCACUUGAUGACGCCUUAAUCACCACACCGCAGCACAGCUACCGACAAGCCGUCUUCCCGAUACCCCGGCCAUUGGAAGUUGAGUCGGAUCCGCUCAUCAAACGAACAGGUGUCGUCAAGCUGUUUGGCCGCACAAAGCCAGUUGUCCUGACCCGGGAAUAUUCAAAGGGAUCGGCGAAUGUCUGCUCAGAAAAACAUGGUGGAACAAUGGCUCGGUCUCCCGCGGACGACAAGGUUCAGGUCACACCGACGGCCGAACCAAUUCGCCCUGGUGUCCCCCAAACUCCGUCUCGACCUGGCGGUUCGACCCUUCAGGCUCCGGCACUCGUGCCUGGGCUGCCACCGUCAAUGGAAGUUUCGGACGAGUAUGAGCAAGUUCCUCCAUCACCCUGGUCACAAUCACCCGCGCCAUCGCCGGCUCCGCGGGCGCAGGCUGAGCAGAACCCAUUCUUCGUCAGUUAUUCGGUCGACGAGUCGGCAUUUGCGAAGAAUCCCCCUCCACACGACUACUCCAACCUUCAGCCCUUGCAAGCGAUCGGGGUCGACCUCGCCAAGUCCGUCGUGCACAUUCCUCUCCUUCACGCUGGCAGCUCCAAGCAACCCUCCUCGUCUACCUUGCGGUUCCCUGUUGCUGUGAUUUCCAUCCUGUCGCCUAUCAUCCCUUACCCGUCGAAUCUGCGACAGUCGCUUGCGUAUCUGAUGCCACAUUUGACCACGUCGUUUUGUCUGGCGCAGCAAUACAGUCAGCUGGAACGGCAAUUCGUUUCUCGUCUCGAAACGCCACGGUACGGACAUCUGUUAGGCCUGGGUGGGACAUUCUCCGAUGAGAGCAGCGAACUGGAGCUUGUGGCUGGGUUGAGCGGACACGUUAACUACAGGGUAGCGGAAGAUGGUACCAUUUCAGCACAUGCCAGCCUAUCGAGUCCCGAUGAGAAGUCCAAUUCGACCAAACUCAGUCCUCCCAUUCCCGGAGGGCCUGGUGGCACACCUGGGUUCGAGUUGGGCACUUUGGGGGCUGCGACCGCCAAUAACAUCGACCAGAACGACGCUUCUGGACCAUCUAUCAAACUAAGCCGGGAGGCGGCAGAUAGCUAUUUCAAUGUUCCGCAGCAGCAACACAAGAGCUUCCGCGAAGCCAUCAUGUACCAGCAACGAAGGCGACUAUCAAAGACGAAAGAGCAGGUGACCAUGCCGAACCCUACGUCGCCAGGAAAGUCCCUGGUCAAGGCCUCAACCGACGACGAUUCGGCUUUGCAAGAUCCGAGCGCCGUGGCGCCGUCCCCUGUGCAGGAACCCCGGUCCCAGGCCGCCGUUUCGCCCACCCAACCAUCGACUUCACGUCAUCCGUCAGCGAACUCGUUAUAUGCGCAGUUGCAACGCGAAAUCCCUCGUCCGUUUUCCGAUACUGUUGCGCAGUUGAUGCUCAACUCGGUUCCGCUGCACUUGUUUCUGGCUAAACCACAGAGUGGUGAAGUAAUUUGGACCAAUUCCAAAUUCGAUGCUUACCGGAGGAGUCAACCCCAAGAACAGAAAAUGCGGGACCCGUGGCAAAAUAUUCACAACAGCGAGCGCGAGCAUGUCUCGCAAGAAUGGGCCAAUGCGUUACGGACUGGCUCUCAAUUUACGGAACGAGUGCGGGUCAAACGCUUCAAUGACGAAUCUGCCUAUCGUUGGUUCAUUUUCAGGGCCAACCCGUUGCUCUCGUCGACCGGGGAAGUUUUGUACUGGAUUGGAUCAUUCCUCGAUAUUCACGAACAGCAUAUCGCCGAGUUAAAGGCCGCACAAGAACGAGAGAAGUUCGCGACCGACGCCAAAUACCGAGCAUUCUCCAAUUCGAUCCCGCAGGUAGUGUUCGAAGCAGCAGAAUACCGUGGCCUGAUUUUUGCGAACGAGCAAUGGCACCUGUAUACGGGCCAGAAACUUGAGGAGGCGCUCAAUUUCGGCUUCGCAAAACACAUACAUCCCGACGAUCUAGAAAAGUGCGGCCUGCUCUCCCACCACCUUAUCGGCAAGACCGACUCGAGGGACCCGUCAUCGUCAGAACUUCCUAAGGGGAAAAAUGCACCUCCCGAGCGGCACUUCGGCCAUGGAUUCACCCCGGCCCUGGAUGAACUCGUGAAGCGUGGCGUUGCCUCCGUGCAACAGGAUGAAAAUGGACGGGUGUUCUAUUCGACUGAGAUUCGUCUUCGUUCCAAGGGAGGCGACUUCCGUUGGCACCUAGUCCGCUUGGUUCGGGUCGAAACCAGCAGUUUUGGCAAUGGCGAAGCGUCGUGGUACGGAACGUGUACCGACAUUAACGACCGGAAGAAUUUGGAGCGGGAGCUGAACAAGGCCAUGCAACAAUUGAACAACCAAAUGGAAUCCAAGACCAAGUUCUUCAGCAACAUGUCCCACGAGAUCAGAACCCCACUUAAUGGAAUCCUUGGCACUAUCCCAUUCAUCCUCGACACCCAGUUGGACACGGACCAACGGCGAAUGCUGGACACCAUCCAGAAUAGCUCUACCAACUUGCGUGAAUUGGUUGACAACAUCCUCGAUGUGUCCCGCGUGGAGGCCGGUAAAAUGUCGUUGGUGAAUUCCUGGUUCCACGUCCGGUCCGUGAUCGAAGACGUGAUCGAUACCGUGGCAUCGAGAGCUAUCGACAAGAGCCUUGAGAUCAACUACCUGAUGAACGUCGACGUGCCGCCAACGGUCAUUGGUGAUCGAUUCCGUAUCCGGCAAGUGCUCAUCAACCUCGUGGGUAACGCAGUCAAGUUCACUUCGCAGGGAGAGAUCCACAUCUGCUGCUCGAUCCACCAUGACCCAUCCGCCCUAGCGAAGAACACGGAGUUGUUGUUGAACUUUGACGUCGUCGAUACCGGCAAAGGCUUCAGCGCCAGAGAUGCAGAGCGUUUGAUGCAGCGAUUCAGUCAACUUGGACAGAACGGAUCACAGCAACAUGCAGGCAGCGGAUUGGGAUUGUUCCUGUCCAAACAGCUGGUGGAGAUGCAUGGCGGUAAAUUAACACCCAGCAGCAAAGAGGGCCAAGGUGCGAAGUUCUCGUUCUACGUCAAAGUCGAUGCACCUCCUCCAGUAACGCCGGAAGAACAGUCUAAGGGUGCCCGUCAGCAAAAGGCAUCGGAUGCGCAGACAAAGCCAAGUCAGGAAGCGGUUGGCGCUAAAGGUCCAGAGGCCCCUGCGCCCGAGAUUCCGGCUUCUCAACCACCUACCAGUACCGAGUCUUCGGCACAGCCUGCGCCACCGAUGCCAUCCGAAAACUCGUCUGUCGCGACACCAGAUGCCAAAAAGGCCGUCUCCAAAGAGACUGACCCUGAUCAAUCAGCACCGGCACCAGCGGCAGAAUCUGGCCCGCCAGUGAGCAAGGCUGCACCAGCUGCAGAACCAAAGCCAUCACCGCAACAGGCCAAUCCUUGUUCUAUUCUCAUUCUUUGUCCGCUCGAAAACACACGCAAGGCCAUCCAGCAGCAUAUUCAACAGGUGGUGCCUCAUGAAGUUCCGUUCACGAUCAAAGCGUAUCCUGAUAUCGAUGAUUGGAGGGAUAUGGUAAACGAGGGCACUGGCUCCAGUAUGACUCAUUUGGUUCUCAAUCUGCCUAAUGUCGAUGACGUUAUGGAUGUGAUCCAAUAUGUUUCCGAGUGCGAACCGACUGCUGCGCCGACGCUGGUUCUCAUUUCUGAUCUUUAUCAGAAGCGUCAAGUCAACCCGAAGAUCAAAGAGUUGUCUGCAAGUGGAAGGAAGGUCUACACGGUACCAAAGCCGGUCAAACCUUCGGCAUUCUCGGCCAUUUUCGACCCUGACAAUAGGCGCGACCUCAGCAAAGAUCGGAACCAAGAUAUGGCAAGGGAGAUCAACAACAAUUUCAAGACCAUGUCCAAGAUGGUCAAGGAGGUCAUUGGUAACAAAGGCUAUCGGGUAUUGCUUGUCGAGGAUGAUGAAACGAAUCGCAUGGUCAUGUUGAAAUACCUUGACAAGAUUAAAGUCAUGGCCGAAACCGCAUCUAAUGGUCAGGAGUGCACGGAAAUGGUCUUCUCCAAAGAGCCAGGCUACUACUCCCUCAUUAUUUGCGACAUCCAAAUGCCAGUCAAGAACGGUUACGAUACUUGUCGAGAGGUCCGCGGCUGGGAACUCAAGAAUCAUUACCCUCAAAUCCCGAUCAUGGCCUUGUCCGCGAACGCAAUGACAGAUCAGAUCGAAGACGCAGCGCGUGCUGGUUUCAACGACUACGUGACCAAGCCCAUCAAGCACAACGAACUUGGAAAGAUGAUGAUGGGACUACUCGAUCCCAAUAGACCUCUGCUUUUGCUUCGUGAUCGUCUCCGAGAAGACAAUGAAAACGAUGACAGUCAUCGCGAAGAAUAAAAGGCAGAGCGCUACCGAAA